CAUAGAAGCUACUUCUAAUAUCUAUGUUUCAUGUUAAGUUACAGAUGGGGCAGGAUGCAAUGUCGUAAAGGUGGUAUUAAUAUCUCUGCAGCGAUAUUUACAAUAGCAGAAAGUACAUGGGGCUUAAUAUGGAGCACCUGGGCGUUGCUGAUGUUGGAAACACCUAAUUUGUUUCUCGAAAGUAAAGUAAAUACAAUGACGCGGUCCUUUCAGAAACUACCACAAUCAGUGGACUUGGGCCUUGUGUUAUUCGAAAUGAUACUGAACACAAUUUGGAUGGUCUGUGGAUUUAUUUUAAUAUGCGGAUAUUUGCGGAAGAAUCUGGGCUUUGUGGUUCCUUGGAUUAUGACGACGUUGAUCGUUAUUAUCUAUGACGUCACUACAACCGUGUAUUAUACAUAUCGUCUUGUGAAAUCUCUGAAGACUACUCCACCGGAAACACCAGGAGACAAAAACGCUCUAAUAUUUCUUCUUGUGGGGUUCUCUCGGUGCGGAAUCAUUUUCUGGUGCAUUAACGCAACAUUUUUAGUCUUAGUGUUCCGGAGGACACUAACCACCAAUGACGACAAAGUUUCGGAAGACGACGUAUCGGACAGCGACCUAGAUGGCUACGAGCAGUAUCCAUCACCACGUCAAACAUCAAACGUUUCGAGACAAAAGAACAACGUACACUGUCCGGUAAGACGUUCAGUUUCGUUGUUCGAGGUCAGCAGCCAUGAUGCACGUGGUUCGAACUUGAGGGAGUUACGUCACGGUGAUCGUGGCUUUCGAAACGCUGGUUUUGAGCCAGACACCUAUAGCUUGAUCCGACUUCCACGAGUCUUCCAAACUCGAUGAGGGGCACGAAGGGAUUCGUUCAUCAAAAGUUAACAGAAAACUUACGAUGAAUAUACAGAAAUAAAAGUAUUGGUUCUAUAAAGUUUUUGUCCUAUAGCUAAAAUCUAAAACGUCAAAUUAAAAUAAAAUUACAUUACUUCGAAAGUUUUGACUGUGAACAUUAUAAUACGCACGCGCAAUCUCACGAACCGAAGUCAAAUCUUCUCAUUGUCAAUGUACGUAUUCUUUAAAACUCUGACGAAUAAUCUGGAAAUGUACGCUUCUGGGUGAUUUAUAUUUCUAAUUUAUUUGAACGGGUUUAUUAUUCUCCUUAAUUAAAUGAUUGGUAGACAAACUUUUGUAAGGCCUAGAAAAAUACGUUUAUAUCUUGAAGGUGUCGAUUGGAAGUUGAUAAAUCAGUACAUGUGUGGAUAGAAUAAGAUAUCGUAGAAAGUUUAAAAAAUUCAGUACAAGGUUAUUCAAGAGUCAUGCCCCCUUUAGGAGUAGGUACACGGAAGUGGUUAAACUGUUAUAGAUGUCAUUCUUGUUGCCAACCGCCGGACAAAACGUGGAACAUUUGUGACGCUAAGUUCAGACGGUGUGGUAAACGUGCUAACAUUUGUGACGCUAAAUUCAGACGGUGUGGUAAACGCGUGGAACAUUUGUGAUACUAAGUUCAGACGGUGUGGUAAACGCGUGGAACAUUUGUGAUGCUAAGUUCAGACGGUGUGGUAAACGCGUGGAACAUUUGUGAUACUAAGAUCAGACGGUGUGGUAAACGUGCUAACAUUUGUAAUGCUAAGAUCAGACGGUGUGGUAAACGCGUGGAACAUUUGUGAUACUAAGUUCAGACGGUGUGGUAAACGCGUGGAACAUUUGUGAUGCUAAGAUCAGACGGUGUGGUAAACGCGUGGAACAUUUGUGAUGCUAAGAUCAGACGGUGUGGUAAACGUGCUAACAUUUGUGAAGCUAAGUUCAGACGGUGUGCUAAACGUGCUAACAUUUGUGAUGCUAAGAUCAGACGGCGUGGUAAACGCGUGGAACAUUUGUGAUGCUAAGAUCAGACGGUGUGGUAAACGUGCUAACAUUUGUAAUGCUAAGAUCAGACGGUGUGGUAAACGCGUGGAACAUUUGUGAUGCUAAGUUCAGACGGUGUAGUAAACGCGUGGAACAUUUGUGAUGCUACAGUUUAGCAAUUUUCGACUGCUCCCACAUGGGGUGUAACUUUUGAUUAAUCUUGUAGUAGAUGAACUUACAAAGAUCCCUAGUGUCCAGCGUCAACAACUUUGACUAUAGUAAUUGUUCUGUACUAUUCCUGAUCAUACUUAACUUACAUUUCUAAAAACUCUGUAUCUUAUAGAGAUAAUUAUUCAUUUUUAAGUACUGAAUUCAAUGGUUUCUAAUAAUGUAAGAAUAAUUUAUAUAACCCAAAUAAAAACAUUCUGUUAUGUUAAUAUAAUUCAUUUAAAAGAUCGGUAUAAGUAUCUUAUAACUUGUUCUUAUUAACAUUUGGAAUAUUUAUCCGUCUGAGAAAUUAUUCUUUUUUUGAAUUAAACAGGAAAUCGUGACUUAUAAACAAUUAGUAAAUUUUAAUUAGAUAAAUGGUCAUAGAAAUAUUCAAUUCAGAUAAUAAGAAUUCUUUCUGGAUAUGUUGAAAAAGGUCACUCUCUGAUUGCUUUAAUGCAAGUUGUUUUU